AUGGUCUCCGAGCAUAACGAUGGGAUUGUUCAUCCUACCUCCAUAGAGAAGGAGCACGCCCCUCUCGAAGCUCCCUCUAAGGAUGACACAUCUCUUGCCCGCCUUGCGGCUCAACAAGAACAUCAUUUGGGCUUCUGGGAGGCGGUGCGGUGCUAUCCAAAUGCCGUCCUGUGGUCGGUACUCCUCUCGACUUCGAUUAUUAUGGAGGGAUAUGAUAUCGUUCUGAUCCAGUCCUUCUUCGCCCAACCGUCAUUCCGAGAGAAAUAUGGCCAAUACGACGCUGGCACCAGUAGUCAUCAGAUUACCGCUCCCUGGCAGAAUGGGCUCAGCAACGCUGUCAGCGUUGGUACCAUUAUUGGAGCUUUUGCCAAUGGGUAUUUUGUCCAUAAAUUUGGCUACCGUAAAGUCCUCCUGGCGUCUCUUGUCACGAUCUGCGGCUUUAUCUUGAUUUCCUUCUUUUCGCCCAACUUGCCUGUUCUUUUAGUUGGCCAGUUUCUUUGCGGUAUACCGUGGGGUGUAUUUGCUACUAUGGCACCUGCCUAUGCCUCAGAGGUCUGCCCCCUUGCGCUCCGAGGUUAUCUUACUGUCUAUGUCAACCUGUGUUGGGCAUUUGGCCAGCUCAUCUCUGCGGGCGUGCAAUCGGGCUUUUCUGAGAAAACUGGUCAAUGGUCCUACCGCAUCCCGUUCGCUAUACAGUGGGCCUGGCCCUGCCUACUCUUCCCGAUCCUCUGGUUUGCCCCCGAGUCGCCUUGGUACUAUGUCCGCGUCGGUAACCACGAUCUGGCUGAAGCCUCUAUUAAUCGGCUGGGAUCAGCCUCACAAAGGGCGCACAGCAAGGAAACCCUCGCAAUGAUGAUCCAUACAGACGAGAUUGAGCGAUCAAUUGAUGAAGGAACCUCAUAUCUCGACUGCUUUCGUGGCGUGGACCUCCGCCGGACCGAGAUUGCAUGUAUGGCAUUCGCGGCACAGCCCUUCUGCGGGAGUGCAAUGGGCGGAACGCCAACAUAUUUCUUCGUCCAGGCUGGCCUUCCGGAGUCUAUAUCCUUUCGCAUGUCGGUUGGUGGCUUAGGUAUCGCUUCAGUGGGCACGAUCUUUGCAUGGUUCUUGAUGCGCGGGUGUGGACGGCGCACGUUGUAUCUAUGGGGGCUGGGCUUACUUACGCUGGUUCUCCUCGCUGUUGGCUUUUGCAGUGUUGGGAGCAAUUCGAACGCGAGCAAUUAUGCCCAGGCCGGGCUGAUGCUCUGCUGGCUAGGCGUGUAUUACUCGACUGUUGGCCCCAUAUGCUAUGCUGUUAUUACAGAGGUUUCGUCCACGCGGCUGAGGAACAAGAGUAUUGUCUGCAACAGUAUCAACCCGGAGAUGCUUAACCCGACUGCGGGCAACUGGCGUGGCAAAACCGGAUUCUUCUGGGGGGGCUGCUCGGCUGUUUUUUUCAUAUGGACCUUCUUCCGCCUGCCGGAGACCAGAAGGCGCACAUUUGAGGAGAUCGAUCUUCUGUUCGCGAAGAAGGUCGAUGCUCGUCGCUUUGCGCAGUAUGACGUUGAUGCUUAUGGUGAAGGCCAGGAGGAUAUCAGGAAACAGUAUACUGGUAAUGAAGGACAGAGAUUUCGGCGACAUAAUCGAAUCAGCGUUCCUUUUGAUAACUCUUCUCUUCAUUUCGUGUAUAGCCUUCCGAGUAUCGACGAUUCCAUGGUUGAUCUCACCAAAAGCGUGGCUCGCGACUCUGCCUCAGUGAAGAUGACCUACCUGCUCAAGACGCAGCUCCAUUCUGCAAUGAGAAGACUGCGGGUAUUUGGUAACGAUUCUAGUCAACCUCCCUCAGUAAGAGGUACAUUUCUCGGAUUUGAUCUCAACAAGUGA